GUAACCAAUUAAAAUGGCAGCCCAACUUAGCCAUAGCCCACUAGAUAGAGUCUUAAAAACACUAGGGUUCUAGUUGUGCUCUCGUCUUCUUCAUCGAAAAUACAGAGAAAUCCAAAAUGGCUAGAGGUUUGAAGAAGCAUCUGAAGAGGCUCAAUGCCCCGAAGCAUUGGAUGCUUGAUAAGCUUGGUGGAGCAUUUGCUCCCAAGCCGUCUUCUGGUCCGCACAAAUCAAGGGAAUGCCUGCCAUUGAUCAUUAUCUUGCGAAACAGGUUGAAGUAUGCUCUCACAUACCGAGAGGUGAUCUCUAUUCUGAUGCAACGACAAGUUCUGGUUGAUGGGAAAGUUAGGACAGACAAGACAUAUCCAGCGGGUUUCAUGGAUGUUGUUUCAAUUCCAAAGACUAAUGAGAGCUUCCGUCUCCUUUAUGACACCAAGGGCCGAUUUCGUCUUCACUCACUCAGGGAUGAGGAAGCCAAGUUUAAGCUUUGCAAGGUCCGCUCGGUGCAGUUUGGUCAGAAGGGGAUUCCAUACUUGAACACUUACGAUGGAAGAACAAUCCGCUAUCCUGAUCCUCUCAUUAAGGCCAACGAUACAAUAAAGCUGGACUUGGAAUCUAACAAGAUUGUUGAUUUCAUCAAGUUUGACGUUGGCAAUGUUGUGAUGGUGACUGGAGGUAGAAACAGAGGACGUGUUGGUGUUAUUAAGAACCGGGAGAAGCAUAAGGGUAGCUUUGAGACCGUCCACAUUCAGGAUGCACAAGGUCAUGAAUUUGCUACACGUUUGGGUAAUGUGUUCACUCUUGGCAAGGGUACUAAGCCGUGGGUUUCACUACCUAAAGGUAAAGGAAUUAAGUUGUCCAUCAUUGAGGAGGCACGGAAGAGGCUGGCUGCACAAUCCGCCACCACUGCUUAAAACUGUCGCAGAUUCUUCAUCCUCUGUCAGCGUGGAUAAAGUUAAGUUUUGUAGUUUUUGUAGUCGAUAUGUUUCACUUUGUUUACUAAUACAUAUUCUAUUCUGCGAGCAACCUUUUGAAGAUUUGUGUUGGUUCUAGCAUGCCUAGCAUUUUGACGACAAGAUGAUUAGACUACUUUAUGGACCAAA